UCCGCGACGCAGAAGACGCCCGCCAGCUCGUGAUCAGUUCAGCGAGAAGUUCCCCGUGUAGUCCCUGAACCGUGCCAUCUUUCGUAGGACGUGGAGGACCCAUGCUGGGCCAGUGCGUGAAUACGAAUUAACGGCAGCCAUCUGAGCAGUGAAAUAAGCCAAAAAUGUUAUCCGUCGUUAAGUUUUCAACUGGCACUUGGUUUGCCGUGGUCACCUUCGCUGUGCUGGUUGCUGGAACGAGCGCUGCGAAUGAUGGAGAUUCCUGUAUGUACGGCAAUGAAGCCGGCAUAUGCCGCGGAUACAGCCUUUGUCGCCCGAUACUCGAACAAACCCGUGUGGUGAAGAUUUGCGGCUACACGCCCAAAGAAGCGAUCGUCUGCUGCCCCACGGACUACCAGCAACGUCUGCAGCAACUCAAUACCGUCAAUAAUAAUCAACGGCGCAGCGAACAGAAGUGCCGUGAAUACAACCGUUUGGGUGGUUUCAACCUCCUGCUUGGCACGCUGGCCGUAGGAUCACCGGUGGUACAGCACCGGGAACGGCAGCGUUGCCCGUCCGACACUAAUCUUAUCGUCGGUGGCACCGAGGCACGCUACGGUGAAUUCCCGCACAUGGUACGCAUCGCAAUUUCGAACGAUGCUGGUCAGCUGACGUUCCAGUGCGGUGGAACACUCAUCAGCGAACAGUGGGUCAUGACGGCGGCCCACUGCCUCGAGUCACGAAACAUUGUGGUGCGCCUGGGCGAGGUGAAGCAAAACCAUCCGGACUAUCCCGACCCGAUCGACAUACGAGUGGAGGAGUACAAACGGCACCCGAAGUAUAAAUCGCGAACAGCAUACCACGAUAUUGCUCUGUUGAAGUUGGCCCAAACGGUAACCUUCACACGUGCUAUCCGGCCCGCGUGUCUCUACUCCUCGUCGGAAAUUGAUCGUGCGAAGGCGGUAGCGAUAGGGUUUGGAGCCACCGCACAGGGUGGUGUGUCGACGAAGGACCUGAUGAAAGUGACCCUAGAUCUCUUUUCAACUCCCGCCUGUGGUAGCUACUUCCUCAAUCACCGCCGUAUCCCGCAGGGACUGAUAGACCAGCAACUGUGCGCCGGAGUUCUGGCCGGCGGCAAGGACACCUGCCAGGGAGACUCCGGCGGUCCGCUGCAGAUCUUUGCGAACGAUGCAACUUGCACCGCUUACAUCAUUGGGUUGACAUCGUUCGGCAGUUGGUGCGGAGGCCAAUCGCCAGGCGUUUACACGCGCAUCUCGGCGUACCUCGAUUGGAUAGAGGAGAUCGUGUGGCCGGAGUAACAGUUUGCCAAAACGUUUGAAUCAAAGCAUGCGACACUAUAGAUGCGUUUCGAAGUGACACAAAGUGCGGCUGCUGACGAGUGUUCCUAGUAAACGGUGUAGUAAACGGUGAUUCGAUUGCAACACCGAACAAAGAACGCACGUAAAGACGCAGCCAGUAAACCGCACGCAUCCAUUUUAUGAAUACACAGCAAUUUCAAAAGUAUGCACUCAGUAUCUGAAGCAUUAAAUGUGGGUAAAAGCUAAGGAACCGGUGGCCUGCGGCGGUGCUACCGUAGGUCCUCA